AUGGCGGCUUGGCCCGCCGUGCCCCUCGUCAUCAACCUCGGCGGGUCGCUGCUGGGUUUCGUGGCCACGCUCACGUUGAUCCCGGCCUUCAAGGAACGUUUCCUGGCGGCGCGGCUCUUCGGCGAGGACCUCAACAAGGCCUCCCGGCAGCCCGUGCCUGAGGCGCAGGGUGUGAUCAGCGGGGCCGUGUUCCUCAUCAUCCUCUUCUGCUUCAUUCCUGUGCCCUUCCUGCGGUGCUUUGUGGAGGAUCAGUGCGCGGCCUUUCCUUACGAUGAGUUCGUGGAGCUCAUCGGCUCGCUCCUUGCCAUUUGCUGCAUGAUUUUCCUGGGCUUUGCAGAUGAUGUCUUGAACCUGCGCUGGCGCCACAAGCUCCUUCUUCCUACCAUGGCUUCCCUCCCAUUGCUCAUGGUGUACUUCACCAACUUUGGGAACACAACCAUUGUGGUGCCUAAGCCCUUCCGGGUUCUACUGGGCAUGCACUUGGACCUGGGUAUCCUCUACUAUGUGUACAUGGGUAUGCUAGCAGUGUUUUGUACUAACGCCAUCAACAUUCUUGCUGGAAUCAAUGGAAUUGAAGCAGGGCAGUCUCUGGUGAUUGCUGCUUCCAUUAUCCUAUUCAACAUUGUAGAGUUAAACGGGGAUUAUCAGGACGAUCACAUUUUUUCUCUCUACUUUAUGAUUCCCUUUUUUUUUACCACGCUGGGGCUGUUUUACCACAACUGGUACCCAUCCAAAGUGUUUGUUGGGGAUACCUUCUGCUACUUUGCUGGCAUGACCUUUGCUGUGGUGGGCAUCUUGGGGCACUUCAGCAAAACAAUGCUGCUUUUUUUCAUCCCACAAGUGCUCAACUUCCUCUACUCAUUGCCUCAGCUCUUCCAUGUCAUUCCUUGUCCCCGCCACCGGUUGCCAAGGCUCGAUCCUAGUACGGGGAAGUUGGAGAUGAGCUACUCCAAAUUCAAAACUAAGAGCCUCUCAGCCCUGGGAACAUACAUUCUGAAGGCAGUAAAGAUCUUGCACAUAGUAGAUGUGAGAAGUGGAAUGGAUGAAGAUGGCGAAUACACCGAGUGCAAUAACAUGACACUUAUUAACUUUGUUAUAAAGCUGAUUGGACCCACGCACGAGCGAAAUCUCACUCUCCUGUUGCUACUCAUCCAGGUCCUGGGGAGCACGCUUGCAUUUUCAAUCCGGUACCAACUAGUGCGUUUGUUUUAUGAUGUCUGACUAGGCUACCAGGAGCCAGUGGUAAGAGUUGCACUUUACAGUCAACUUUCUCCAAUUGCUGACCAAAUAAUUCAAAUGAUCUUAUUCUGGUCCUCUGAGAAUAUCAGACCACCUUUCAAAAGGAAAGCCAAUCUCUGGGCCAGUCCAGAAUCACAAUCUUCUUUUUGUGCACAGAGGUCUUUUGUCCAGUUCUGCUGACAGAAGAGAUUCAAUGCUACUUGGACAUCACUGUUAAUGGGAUUACCUUUGAGAAGGGAAAUAAGGAACCUGCCUUUCUGUUCUCUGAGAGAAAACAGGAACUUCUAUUUCUGUAAGACUACAGUGGAACAGAGCGGACAUAAUAUUGUUAUACAUCAUACCCCCCAAUUCAGAGCACUCUGAGAAUAAAAUAACUCAAGGUACACUU